CCUAUCAUCAAGUCUACGAACAUCACGUCUACAAUCUUCAAGCCUACCUACUCUCAUACGCUUUCAAAACACGACCAAAGAACUGAACAUCACCAAGCCCACCUCAACUCAAAGACAAACAAAACCCUCUCACAAUGUUCUCCUGCGUCAACUACGAGCGCGGAUGCCGUGGCCGUUGCAACAGCACAAGCGGUCGAUGCGAUAGCUGUGUAACUCUCAAACUUCAAUCGAUCCGCGGAAACAACAACUCGUCCACAUCAUCAGUCAACCGGUCAGCAGCAGCAUACUCGGCCAUGACGUCCUCUUUCGCUUCGCUAUCACAACUCCGUACCGCUGCAACAAGGGCUCAAUGACCGAGCUGCCGAUAUUACCACCAAUCUUAUCGACCACGACAUUAAACGACUUUCUUGAAUUUUAGCGACCGGUGUUUGGAGAAUUAAGCAGGAUUAUCA